AUGGAUUGUCACCUCUCCAUCCUCUUGUUUUUCAGCUGCUCUGCUCUCAACUGCUUCGGGGAACUGAUUCUCCAGCCUCCCAAUGAAGUCAAUCUUCUGGAUUCAAAAACAAUUCAGGGGGAGCUGGGCUGGAUCUCUUAUCCACCACAUGGGUGGGAAGAGAUCAGUGGUGUUGAUGAGCAUUACACACCCAUCCGGACUUACCAGGUGUGCAAUGUCAUGGAUCAUAGUCAAAAUAAUUGGCUAAGGACCAACUGGGUCCCCAGGAACUCAGCUCAGAAGAUCUAUGUGGAGCUCAAGUUCACUCUAAGGGACUGCAAUAGCAUUCCAUUGGUCUUGGGAACUUGCAAGGAGACUUUUAACCUAUAUUACAUGGAGUCUGAUGAUGAUCAUGGGGUCAAAUUCCGAGAGCAUCAGUUUACAAAGAUUGACACCAUUGCAGCUGAUGAAAGUUUCACUCAAAUGGAUCUUGGGGACCGCAUUCUUAAACUCAACACCGAGGUUCGAGAAGUAGGUCCUGUCAACAAAAAGGGAUUUUAUCUGGCUUUUCAUGAUGUUGGUGCUUGUGUUGCCUUGGUGUCUGUGAGAGUGUACUUCAAAAAGUGCCCUUUUACUGUGAAGAAUCUGGCUAUGUUUCCAGACACAGUACCUAUGGACUCACAGUCCCUGGUGGAAGUUAGAGGCUCUUGUGUUAACAAUUCUAAGGAGGAAGAUCCUCCCAGGAUGUACUGCAGUACAGAAGGUGAAUGGCUUGUACCCAUUGGCAAAUGCUCAUGCAAUGCCGGCUAUGAAGAAAGAGGUUUUAUGUGCCAAGCUUGUCAACCGGGUUUCUACAAGGCUUCUGCUGGUAAUACGAAGUGCGCUAAGUGCCCACCUCACAGUUCUACGCGUGAAGAUGGUUCAAUGAACUGCAGGUGUGAGAAUAAUUACUUCCGAGCAGACAAAGACCCUCCAUCCAUGGCUUGUACCCGACCUCCGUCUGCACCAAGAAAUGUUAUCUCUAAUAUAAACGAGACCUCAGUUAUCCUGGACUGGAGUUGGCCCCUAGACACAGGAGGCCGGAAGGAUGUUACCUUCAACAUCAUAUGUAAAAAAUGUGGGUGGAAUGUGAAACAGUGUGAGCCAUGCAGCCCAAAUGUCCGCUUCCUCCCUCGACAGUUUGGACUCACCAACACCACGGUGACAGUGACAGACCUUCUGGCACACACUAACUACACCUUUGAGAUUGAUGCUGUUAAUGGGGUGUCAGAGCUGAGUUCACCUCCAAGACAGUUUGCUGCAGUCAGCAUCACAACUAAUCAGGCAGCUCCAUCACCUGUCGUGACGAUUAAGAAGGACCAGACAUCCAGAAACAGCAUCUCUUUAUCCUGGCAAGAACCUGAACACCCUAAUGGGAUCAUAUUGGACUACGAGGUCAAAUACUAUGAAAAGCAGGAGCAAGAGACAAGUUAUACCAUUCUGAGGGCAAGAGGUACAAACGUUACCAUCAGUAGCCUCAAGCCUGACACUACAUAUGUAUUCCAAAUCCGAGCCCGAACAGCAGCUGGAUAUGGGACCAACAGCCGCAAGUUUGAGUUUGAAACGAACCCAGACUCUUUCUCCAUCUCCGGUGAAAAUAGCCAAGUGGUGAUGAUUGUCAUUUCAGCUGCAGUAACAAUUAUUCUCCUCACAGUCAUCACAUACGUUUUGAUCGGGAGGUUCUGUGGAUAUAACAAGUCAAAACAUGGCACAGAUGAGAAAAGACUUCACUUUGGAAAUGAACAUUCUCAGGCUAUGAACUAUUCCCUCCAGUCUUGUUACAAAUCCCAUAAUAUUGCUUCAAAAGAAAAUGUUUGCUGUUUACUGAUGAUUUUUUAUUAUAUAAUUUAUUUUCUUUUGUUGUUGUUCUCCGUUCUAACAGGUGAAUUCGGAGAGGUGUGCAGUGGUCGCUUAAAACUUCCUUCAAAGAAAGAGAUUUCAGUGGCCAUCAAGACCCUGAAGGUGGGCUACACAGAAAAGCAGAGGAGGGACUUCCUGGGAGAAGCAAGCAUUAUGGGUCAGUUUGACCAUCCUAAUAUCAUUCGACUGGAGGGAGUUGUUACUAAAAGCAAACCGGUUAUGAUUGUUACGGAAUACAUGGAGAAUGGUUCCUUGGACAGUUUCUUACGUAAACAUGACGCCCAGUUUACAGUCAUCCAGCUAGUGGGGAUGCUUCGAGGGAUAGCGUCCGGCAUGAAGUACCUGUCAGAUAUGGGCUAUGUUCAUCGAGACCUUGCUGCCCGGAAUAUCUUGAUCAACAGUAAUUUGGUGUGCAAGGUUUCUGAUUUUGGGCUUUCACGUGUUUUAGAGGAUGACCCAGAAGCUGCUUACACAACAAGAGGGGGUAAGAUUCCAAUCCGGUGGACAUCACCAGAAGCUAUAGCCUACCGCAAAUUCACGUCAGCUAGCGACGUAUGGAGUUACGGAAUUGUUCUCUGGGAGGUGAUGUCCUAUGGAGAGAGACCAUACUGGGAGAUGUCCAAUCAGGAUGUAAUUAAAGCUGUGGAUGAGGGCUACCGACUGCCACCCCCCAUGGACUGCCCAGCUGCCUUGUAUCAGCUGAUGCUGGACUGCUGGCAGAAAGACAGAAACAACAGACCCAAGUUUGAGCAGAUUGUCAGCAUCCUGGACAAGCUUAUCCGGAACCCCAGCAGUCUGAAGAUCAUCACCAGUGCGGCAGCAAGGCCAUCAAACCUUCUUCUGGACCAAAGCAAUGCCGACAUCACUACCUUCCGCACUACAGGUGACUGGCUUAAUGGUGUCCGGACAUCGCAGUGCAAAGACAUCUUCACAGGUGUGGAGUACAGUUCUUGUGACACCAUAGCCAAGAUUUCCACAGAUGACAUGAAAAAGGUCGGAGUAACUGUGGUUGGGCCACAGAAGAAGAUUAUCAGUAGCAUUAAAGCUCUAGAAACACAAUCAAAGAACGGUCCAGUUCCGGUGUAAAGUGCUACUUCUGGAAGGAAAUGGUGGCUGUGGAAGAUGUAGCAUCACUUUGCAGACAGAUGAUAAUGCUGGUGAUCCUGGAGGAAGUUCCAAGCCCAAUA